ACUCUUGCCAACCAAGUCAAACUCUCCCAGCCGUCGGCUCUCUCAAACACACUCACGCACCAUUUAGCUGCUGAAAUAAGUUUGUUGUUUUGGCCCUUCUUCCUCAGUUACAGGCUUUAGGUCGGGCACUCCUGCUCCGCUCCCACAGGUGAAGGCUACAGCAGCCUAUCAUAUAGCGGCGGUUCACUGUCCCACCUACGACUGGCUAUCAGGCCGACUGACUCCGACUGUGGAUAUGAACUGAGAGGAGCUCGAUAAAGACAGAAGAAAAGCCUCGGUGUCGUAACACUUUUUCCACUGCUUAUCGCCAAGGACAGGAAGACUUUCACCAGCAAUCAAACUUGCUUUGCCAUGCAAGUGGGAACUUAAGCCAGACAAGGACAAGCAGAAACAAACAGGAACUGAGGACUGAAAACACAGAGACGACAGUGCAGAUGCAGGCUGUGCAGUGAGGUCCUCUGUAACUCUGACAAGCCCCGUCAUGUCGCAGAAGAGCUCAUCAGGCUGUGCAGGUACACACAGCUUAGUUUCCUGACAGAGACGGGUGUGUGUGCGUGGGAUUCAAUUGUCUCGGGUCAACAGAUGGCAUUGGGCUUCCAAGGAUAAACCACUGGACAAAGGAGGAGAGCAGAACAAAGACAAACCCACUGGAAUAUAGCAAAAAAAUAGAACUUAUAAUUACAAGAUCUGUCAAGAUGCCACUCAGAGCAUCGAUGCACAGAAAGCCGUCCUCGAGCCGUUGGUCCAGCCGCCACUCGAAGCGGAAAGAGGUGCUGUCGGUCAACAUGAUCAGCCUGCCGCUGGCGGACUUCCGCCACAUCUCUCACAUUGGGAGCAACGCCCACAACGACAGUUUCGGAGACCUGUCCUUUCUGAAGAUGGGACACAAUCUGCUCCUUCAAAGUUCCCAGAGUGAGCAGAACAUCUUCCUGGCCUGCUCGCCGCCCCCGAAGCCCCCUCGCCUGAACCUGGAGGACGCAGAGGUCAGAGAGGGCUCCGGCCGGUCCGAGGACGGCCACAGUAAAUCCUCCCAGAAGAGGAAGAAAUGCAGCUCCAUGCCACUGCUCGACAGCGACGGCGGGGAUGAGGAAAUGAUAGACGGGUACCGAAGAGGGAAUAUCGUUGCUUCCGGUCAAGUUAGCUGCUCUGGACGAGGCAGCGUGAGCUCAGACAGGGAUGGAGACUUUACAGAGACCCCUGACAAAAAGGCAGGGCAGAAAAAGGACGAGGACAGUGGCUUUUCGUUCAGCCUGGACUUGGGCCCUUCCAUUCUGGACGACGUCCUCCAGGUCAUGGACAAACACAAUUAGGUGCAGCGGUGGCCAAAUGACUUUCCUGAAGGUUUGGUACAUGGAGAAAGCUCCAAGUCAUCACUCCUCGUGUGAAUACGCUCCGAAUCCUGCUGAAAAACUGACAAACCAGUCUGGGAAGUUUUCUGUGAUCCAAGUCUGCAUGCAGGGAGAUGUUUUCGUUACACAUUGUGGGACAGAGCACAGGCUCACUGAUCAAGUUAAUGUUUUCCUCUUGUUCACCUCUUGUAAAGAUUGAAAGAAUGUUAUAGUUAAUAUUUGACCUCUGUUCUUAGACUCCAAGAAAGUUUAACCGUCUUUUACAUUUCUUUUUUUUUUUUGCUAUUGCUUUCCCUCAAACCGCACAGCACAGCACUGAAGAGGGCUGUUAGGACUUAAGAGUGUUGUGUUUAAGAAAAAGAAAAGCCACAGCUGGAAUCCAAGGUCCUCGAGCUGUGAUGUCUUGGCAUGCUUGCCAAUCUAUUGUGUGCAGAGGGCAAUUUUUACUCCGCACGCAUCCCAGAGGCCCCACUCAAAGGUAGACCGAGGUACCCCCCAUCUCUCAUUUCCAACAAUGCAGUGAAAACAAACACUUAGCUCUGCUUCCAAUAAAAGACAGCCAGCGGUGGCAGAUUGGGCUGCAGACCAAGCUGGGCCACAGGUCCAAGACCUCCGAAAGAAGAAGAAGAAGAAAAAAAAAAUUCCCAGAGCAGGCUGUUUUCUUAGCUGCAAAUCAGAGUCCGAUGCUCUGGUGAGUGGCGCACGAGAAGGAGAGUGGUAAAGGGUAAUAUGAUACUUCCAUAUACGCGGGGGGUGUCGAGGGAGGAGGACCAGAGACAUCCAUUACUUCAGCAAAAGUCCUGAUGAGGGUUUAAUCACAACCUUCUGACCAAACAGACCCCUCACACGUGAAACAUUUAUGCAGCAUCUCACAUACGCUGGCACAUGAGAAAAGAAAAAAAAUAAGGAACAUGAACGUAGCACACAAGGCCAAACUGAGGUCUAUUUUCCACCAGGAGUCGGGACAGAGCCUCGGUCUGUGCUCUCGCAUGCUCCAGGCAAAACCCGGCCCCAGGCAGAUUCCUAAACGCCCCGCGGGUCAACGCUGAAAAACACACAAACCACAAGUGUCCCGCUUCAAGCAGAGGAUUUAGAAAAUCUAUGGAUGUCAAACACAGGCGGCGAUGUUUGUGGGUACAUCUGCACUACGGAGCUGUUUUGAAAAUCACUCAUUUUGAACUGGAUAUCACUGCUGCUGUUUAUUGUAUAUGUACUCUGGGUUCAGUAAAAUACAUAUAUGUGUGUCAUUGAAAUUCAAAGACUGGUGGUUUUGUGGACAGAAGCGUUCGUGUCAAUAUUUUACAAGAACAAGUCGAAAGCUGUUUACACAUCUGGACGUGCUGGCAUUUUGCUGGCUGUCUGUCAAACUGCAACAUGGAGGCACACUUCUUUUUGUUUUUAAGAAAUUGCAGCCUUGAACUAUCAGACGUAAUAAACAGCAUAAUUAUAUUCAAGGUAGGAAGUCAAGAAACUGAAUUAGACGUGCAUGCCAGGCAAGAAGUUGUGUACUGUCAUUAGUCCAACUAUAGAACGCCAAAGUGGACUGAAGCAUUUGCUGGAUGAACAGGUUUGUGUCCUGCAAAAGUUUUGUUGGGUUUGAGGGUCUAUUUAUACAAAAAACGGUGCUCGCUGCCACUGAUAUUGCAACUCAUUAAAAAUAAUCAAACUCCAUCUUUAUGAAAAUGGAGGAAAACGCAACUUUUUUUUGGUAAAACCUUUCAACUGCACAUGUGCACCACAGCUGCAGUAAAUAGUUCUUCAGCAAAUGCAUAAGAGGUUGGACAACAACGGCGGCCUCCAAAGCGCCAUGACUCCCAGCUGAUAUUGGUAAUUUUAUAGUUGAGAGUCACCCAUAAUAGCAACUCCACUCCAUCAUUAGUUUAUUUGAAUGUCUGUGUACAUUGUUGAUAGCAUAGUGUUAUUUGCAUGUAUGAACAGCACCUACUAGUGCCCCUACAUGAAACUACCCUUUUCCAAGUAAACGAGACAUCCUUUUCAAAAUAUUUUUGUCAAAGUUUUCUAAAACGGAAAAGCAAAAGUGAUGCAUUUUCACUUCAGAAUGGAACCUGAACAGGUAACCAAGGUGAGUUGGCAAAUUGCUAGAUUAGCAGAGGAAUAAGCGAUUCAGUCAUACAGACUUCACCGUAUCAAUGAGAGCCCUAAAGCACAGUUGGUAGAGUGGCCCAUCUUCCGAUCUCAAGGUUGGCAGGUUGAUUCUCUGUCUCACCCUGUGCAUGUGUCGAAGGAAGGGGAACUAAAUCCCACGUUUCUUCCAAUGGAGUGCAGGAGCCUUGCAUAGCAGCUGUCACACACGGUAUGUGAUAGUGUGAAUGAUUGUGUGUGGAAAAGGGUUAACAACAUGAUGGAUCAUGUGAGGCUGCAGAGGUGGUAAAAAUGCACUUUGGAAGUAGAUGUACCAUUUAGAACCAAUCCAGCCGUCUACUGUCAAAAAUUUCCUGAAAUCCCAUCCAUCGUUAAAAUCUCCAAAUUAGGUUUCGCUACCUGCUUUUCCUUGAAAAACUCUUCCUGCAGACAAGAAUCCUUGACCUCCGCGACUGACUCGUCUGCACAAAACCUCCCGGUGAAGACUCAAAUAAACUGAGGCUCAACAACUGCUCGGCCACAUGAGUGAUGCGAGAAGAAAGAGCCUGUAAUUGAAGACAAAUUAUCUUGUCUGCACUGUGAAAACUGGCCGAACCGUGAGGCAUCGCAGUCACAUCUGGUAUCACUUCACCGCCGACAAAAAAAAUCCAAAACUUGCUGUCAUACAGAAUAAGAAAAAAAUCGUGUCAUCUCACUGAAGAGAAGUGUGUGUGCCAUUCGUCGUCACUUGAUAAUUGAAACACAAUAAAUAUUUCUUUGGCUGGAAGAAAAGCAGCGUCCUACUGUGAAAACUGUGUCUCACAGUGAAGAAACAACCCGCCUGGUUCUACAUAGAUUUUCACACAAAAGGGGAAUUUUGGGAAACUGACAUUGUUUAUGCUGUCCGUAUCACACAUAUGUAUCAUGUCAUAAUAUAUUAUCAAGCUGUAAAUGUUUAUGCUGGAGCAAAUCCACAACAGAGAUCCCUUCUCAUGAUAUGCAUGAUGACUUGGGUGUAUUUGAGAAUAAAACAAUAAAUUUGAAAUUAUGACCACACCAUAAUCAUAGCAGGCAAAUCUCCCUGUGCCUAAAGGGAAAAAGCAAACACGUCUAUGUAUUUCAGACUUCUGUAAACAAGAGUAUCUGUUAAGAUAAACUAUGCGCC